AUUGACAUUUAUGGAUGUGGCCAUAGAAUUUUCUCUGAAAGAGUGGCAAUGCCUGGACACUGCACAACAGAAUUUAUAUAGAGAUGUGAUGCUAGAGAACUACAGAAACCUGGUCUUUCUCGGUAUUGCUUCCUCUAAGCCAGACCUGAUCACCUAUCUGGAGCAAGGAAAAGAGCCUUGGAAUAUGAAGAGACAUGAGACUGUAGCCAAACCCCUAGUUAUGUGUUCUUAUUUUGCCCAAGACCUUUGGCCAGAGCAGAACAUAAAAAAUUCAUUUCAAAAAGUGAUACUGAGAAGAUAUGGAAAAUGUGGAGAUGAGAAUUUACUACUAAGAAAAGACUGUAAAAGUAUGGAUGAUUGUAAAAUGCACGAAAGAGUUUAUGAGAAACUUAAAUGUUUGACAGCUACCCAGAGCAAAACAUUCCUGUGUUAUAAAUCUGUAAAAGUUGUUUAUAAAUUUUCAAAUUCAAAUAGAUGUAAGACAGGACAUCCUAAAAAGAAACCUUUUAAAUUGAAUUCCUACAAAUGUGAAGAAUGUGGCAAAGCCUUUAACCGGUCCUCAUACCUUACUACACAUAAGAUAAUUCAUACUGGAGAGAAACCAUACAAAUGUGAAGAAUGUGGCAAGGCUUUUAACCAUCUAUCAACCCUUAGUAAACAUAACAGAAUUCAUAGUGGAGAUAAACCCUACCAAUGUGAAGAAUGUGGAAAAGCUUUUAAGCAGUUAUCAAACCUUAAUAACCAUAAGAGAAUUCAUACUGGAGAGAAACCCUACAAAUGUGAAGAAUGUGGAAAAGCUUUUAAUCACUCCUCAACCCUUAGGAAACAUAAGAUAAUCCAUAGUGGAGAAAAACCCUACAAAUGUGAAGAAUGUGGCAAAGCUUUUAAUCGCUUCUCAGUCCUUAGGAAACAUAAGAUAAUCCACAGUGGAGAAAAACCCUACAAAUGUGAAGAAUGUGGCAAGGCUUUUAACCACCCAUCAACGUGUCGUAAACACAAGAGAAUUCAUAGUGAAGAUAAACCCUACAAAUGUGAAGAAUGUGGAAAAGCUUUUAAGCAGUUAUCAAACCUUAAUAACCAUAAGAGAAUUCAUACUGGGGAGAAACCCUUCAAAUGUGAAGAAUGUGGCAAAGCUUUUAACCAGCUAUCAACCCUUACUAAACAUAAGAGAAUUCAUACUGGCGAGAAACCCUACAAAUGUGAAGAAUGUGGGAAAGCUUUUAAGCAGUCAUCAACCCUUAUCAAACAUAAGAGAAUUCAUAGUGGAGAGAAACCCUUCAAAUGUGAAGAAUGUGGCAAAGGCCUUUGUGACUCCUCAUCCUUUACUAUAUUUAAGAGAAUUCAUAGUGGAGGAAAAUCCUACAAAUGUGAAGAAUGUGGCAAAGGCUUUUGCAACUCCUCAUCCCUUACUACACAUGAGGGAAUUCAUAGUGGGGAAAAACCCUACAAAUGUGAAGAAUGUGGCAAAACUUUUAACCACCCAUCAACUCUUAGUAAACAUAAGAUAAUUCUGGAGAGAAACCCUUCAAAUGUGAAGAAUGUGGCAAAGCUUUUAAGCAGCUAUUAACCCUCACUAAACAUGAGAGAAUUCAUACUGGAGAGAAACCCUACAAAUGUGAAGCAUGUGGGAAAGCUUUUAAGCAGUCACCAACCCUUACCAAACAUA